CCCUCCCUCUCUUUCCCGCCCCCUCGCUCUCCCCUGCGCCCCGGUUCUCCUCCAUUUUGUGCUGCGGCGGUGGCUGCGCCUCUCCCGCCUCGCUUCCACCCCGCCUCGCCCCGCGCCAGCGAGUCCAAACCGCGGCCCAUGGCGGAGAGUCACUCACCGGGCGGGCUGGGCGAGUCUGCGUCCCUGGCUGGGCCUGUUGUCCCCGGUUCGGAGUCGGAAAGCCGGCGGCGGCCGCUGAGCGAGCUGCGCGUGAUAGACCUGCGGGCCGAGCUCAGGCAGCGCAACCUGGACAGCGGCGGCAACAAGAGCGUCCUCAUGGAGCGCCUGAGGAAGGCUAUUGAGGAGGAAGGAGGGAAUCCUGAUGAAAUUCCAGUGGUUUCAGAAAAUAUCAUGAAGAAAACGCCAAAAAGAAGCAGCAAAGGACGUAGAGCAGAUGAAGAGGGAGUGGAAGACAACGGCCUGGAGGAGGAUUCUGGAGAUGGCCAGGACGAUAUUGAAGCAAGUUUGGAUAACUUGCAGGAUAUUGACAUGAUGGAUAUUAGUGUGUUAGAUGAAGCUGAAAUAGAUAAUGGCAAUGCAGUAGAUUGUGGAGAUGAUUACAGUGCCCAUAAUAUUCUUGACUCGCUCUCUGAUAGUAAAGAAAAUGCUGAUGCAGAAGUGAAGGAACUUCCAGAUCAGCCUGCAGAGUAUGCUGUAGGUCACUUGGAGGCAUCCCCACAAUUUCCAGAAAUUAAAGAAGAAUCAAGAGAAAUACCAAUAGUGAUGGUAGAGUUUGAAGAUGUUGGGAACAGUUUAGAUGCUUCUUCAUCAGAUAUAACCAUAAUAAAGGAACUUGAAGAGUUACCUUUGGAGCCAGAAAAUGAGAAAAUACUCGACAUUUUGGGGGAAACUUGUAAAUCUGAGCUACUUAACGAAGAACCUCCCGAAGCGGAGCGGCCGCGUGCGCAGGAAGCCAGUAACGCGGGGCCAGGCAAGAGGCUGGCUGAGGAAGAGGACGCUCUCGCUGCCGCUCAGCUGGAGGAAGAUGCUUUAGCUUUGGACAGCAAAUCGGCCCAAGCUUUGGCAAGGAAGGAAGCAAAGCGUUUAGUGGUAGCGAAAGGGGAGACAAGUGAACAGAGCCCCGAGGAAGAGGCCCCGGACUCUGAAGGUGUAGUGGUAGAGACCCUAAGCGAUCAGAGUAGCAAACGCUCCCAAGGCCUGGAAGCCUCUAGUGGGGAGACAGCGGAGAAAGGCGCAGGUGCCGAAGCCAGAGAUAGCAAAGAAGAUGGCAAGAGAGCAGAAGACAAAGCUAAUUCUGAGGAAUCUUCCCCUGCCACUAAAGAGUCCUCAGCCAGUGAGGGCGGUGAUCAGAAAAAGAGCCCUGUUGAAGACAAAGAUACAAAGGCAGUCACAAAAGAUGAGAAAGGCCGUGUGGGGAGUGGUUCUGGCAGAAAUUUGUGGGUUAGUGGACUUUCCUCCUCUACUAGAGCUACAGACUUGAAGAACCUUUUCAGCAAGUAUGGAAAGGUGGUUGGUGCAAAAGUGGUGACAAAUGCUCGCAGCCCUGGCGCUCGCUGCUAUGGCUUUGUGACAAUGUCAACAUCUGAGGAGGCCACCAAGUGCAUUAAUCACCUGCACAGAACAGAGCUGCAUGGUAAAAUGAUUUCUGUGGAAAAGGCAAAAAAUGAACCAGCAGGAAAAAAGCCUUCUGACAAAAAGGAAGGUGAAACAAGGAAAGAAAAAGACAGGCACCAUUCUGCAGAGUCCAAAUCUGAGAAAUCUGUUGGUAUUAAGAAGGAGGAGAAGAUCGACAAAAAAGAUGAUGCUAAGAAAUCAGAAAAAGAUGAAAAAGAAGGAAAGGAAAAGGAUGAACAAAAGACUGGGUCUUCUGAUAGAUCCAGGGCAAGCAAAUCAGCAAGUCGAGGAACAGAAAGGACAGUGGUAAUGGAUAAAUCUAAAGGAGAGCCAGUUAUUAGUGUGAAAACUUCUGCAUCAAAGGAGAGGAGCACAAAGAGCCAGGACCGCAAAUCGGAGAGCAAGGAAAAGCAGGAUAUUUUAUCUUUUGAUAAAAUCAAGGAGCAGCGGGAGCGGGAACGGCAGAGGCAGAGGGAGAGAGAAAUCAGGGAGACCGAGAGGCGCCGAGAGAGAGAGAGGCGAGACCGGGAGCAGCGCCUGGCGGCCAUCCACGAGCGCGAUGAGAGACAGAGGCUCCAGAGGGAGCGGGAGCGGCUGGAAUUCCAACGGCAGCGCCUGGACAGAGAGCGCCUGGAGAGGGAGAGGCUGGAGAGGGAAAGGAUGCACAUAGAGCAGGAGAGGAGACGGGAGCAGGAGCGAAUCCAGAGGGAGAGGGAGGAGCUGCGACGCCAGCAGGAGCAGCUGCGCUACGAGCAGGAGCGGAGAUCUGCCAUGAGGAGACCUUAUGAUCCUGACAGCAGGAGGGAUGACCCCUACUGGCCCGAGGCCAAGCGGCUGGCGCUGGACGAUCGCUACCACUCGGACUUCGGCCGCCAGGAUCGCUUCCACGACUUCGACCACCGCGAGCGCGGCCGCUACCAGGAGCACUGCUUGGACAGGAGAGACUGUAGGGGAAUUCCAGAUCGAGAUGGGCAGCACUACCCAGACGAGCGGCACGGGGGCCCCGAGCGCCACUCCCGGGACAGCUGGGGGGGCUACGGCUCCGACAGGAGGAUGAGUGAGGGAAGAGGGAUCCCCCCACAGACCCGAGAUGGACGUGACUGGGGAGAUCAUGGUCGAAAGUUAGAGGGGCAUCAAGAUCGUACAUGGCAGGGAAAUGUGGAUGGAGGAGUGAUGGGACGGGAUCAUGAGAGAUGGCAAGGUGGUGAUAGAAGCAUGCCUGGUCAGUCAGGACCAGGCCAUGGGAUGACUCGAGGAGGGACAUCAGGGCGCGGAGGCUUCGCCGGGAGCCAGGGCCAGGCUGUGCAGGGCACUGCUGUGCCAGGGGUGUUUGCAGCCCCCCAGAGGAGCCCCAGGCUGGGUGAGCCUCGCUUCAGCCGCCGCUACUGACGCCUCCUGUGCACAAAGGGGGUGUUUUUAAUGCCACCUGACAGUGGGUGGGAGUUUUAUUAACCCAGGGUCACCUUGAGGUUGUGAUUCUAAAAAUGCCAGACUGCUGCUGUGCUCUAGCCAAAUCCUGUGUCAACUUUGGUUUGGGGUUUGUUUGGUUUGGUUUGGGUUUGUUUUUUUUGUUUGUUUGUUUGUUUGUAAUGAACAUGGUGUUGGUCAAACAUCGCUUUUGAGUUUCUGUAAGUGAAACAUUCCAUUUUUCAGAAGGAAUAAAAUCCGUUUAUGGCUA